CCCUCCUUAAGUACUGCUUCCACACUUCACUCCUUUCCCAUUCGCCAUUGCCCCUCUCUCUCUCUCUCUCCCUCUCUCCCUUCUGUGUGCUUUGUUGAGAGUGAAAAUGGCUAUACUGAGAGUGCUCCUCUGCGUUUCGCUUCUCUCGGUGGCGGUUCACGCUCGAAUCCCCGGAGUUUACACCGGCGGCCAGUGGCAGACUGCCCACGCCACCUUCUACGGCGGUAGCGACGCCUCCGGCACCAUGGGCGGAGCUUGCGGAUACGGAAACCUGUACAGCCAGGGCUACGGCGUGAGCACGGCGGCGCUGAGUACCGCGCUGUUCAACAACGGGAUGAGCUGCGGCGCGUGCUUCGAAAUCAAGUGUGGCAAUGACCCCAAGUGGUGCCUCCCCGGCAACCCCUCCAUUCUGGUAACCGCCACCAACUUCUGCCCACCGAACUUUGCCCAGCCGAGCGACGACGGCGGCUGGUGUAACCCGCCCCGCGAGCACUUCGAUCUGGCCAUGCCUAUGUUCCUCAAGAUAGCCGAAUACCGCGCGGGAAUCGUACCCGUCUCCUACCGCCGGGUGCCGUGCAGAAAGCGAGGAGGGAUCAGAUUCACGAUCAACGGCUUCCGUUACUUCAACCUGGUUUUGAUCACAAACGUCGCGGGUGCAGGGGACGUGGUGAGGGCGAGCAUCAAGGGCACCAGGAGCCAGUGGAUGCCGAUGAGCCGCAACUGGGGGCAGAACUGGCAAUCCAACGCUGAUCUGCAGGGCCAGGCCCUGUCAUUCAGGGUCACGGGCAGUGACCGCCGCACCUCCACCUCCCUCAACGUGGCACCUUCCAAUUGGCAGUACGGCCAGACCUUCGCUGGCAGGAACUUCCGCGUCCUGUAGCUAUAAACCCGAACCCGAACCCAAAAUCAUUUCCCUGCUUCGAUUUUUCUCUUUUUUUUUGGGGAAAAAAACUGAAGUUUACGGGCGGGGGGAGAAAUGGGAAUAGAGAAAGAUAGGUUAGGCUAAAUGGGUAAUUUUAUGUGCGUGUACUAAUAUUUGUUUCUUAGGCUUGCAUGGUGUCUGUCUGUGGUGAAGCUGGUAAAUAUAAGAUCCAGCUAAGGGUAAAACUGUCCUUUUAGAAGUGGUGGAAGCUGAGGCGGCUGCAGGAAGGAAGAAGGCGAAACCGUGUAGCCCGCAGCUUAUAAUCGAUAGACCGUAAGUGAAACUAAUAUGCAAGUUUCUGUUUACAGAUGUCAGAUGGUGAUUGGUGCAUUAUAUGGGCGCACAUCAGCGAUCAGGCAAUGUGUUUGGUUUACAAAGAUCUCAAUGGUUUUGGACGAGACUUUGUAGUUUAUGAUUAUGUGUUCUUUUUUUUUUUUUUUUAUUAUUGUUAUUAAUGGAAGUUCAAGUUAAUCUGAAAUAGUUUGCUUUUAUUUGG